UCACGCAGCAUUUUCCUGCGUCGUCUUCGCGGGGUGGGCGGUGUCGCAUAACUGCUUCCGGGUUGGUGUAUGACCUUGAGCCCUCCGGAGCGAGAUGGCGACUCUCGGGAGGUUGAGUGUCCUUUGCGGUGCCCAAGGAAGUCGAGCUGUGUUCCUCCGAAGCCUGGUGGUGAGACCCACUCACGUCGCAGCAUUUCUCCAGGACCGGCCUUCCCCAGGAUGGUGUGGAGUGCAGCAUAUUCACCUGUCACCAAGUCGCCACUCUGGUUCCAAGGCUGCAUCCCUCCACUGGACUGGCGAGAGAGUUGUCAGUGUUUUGCUCCUGGGCUUGCUUCCAGCUGCUUAUUUGAAUCCAUGCUCUGCAAUGGACUACUCCUUGGCUGCAGUUCUGUCUCUGCAUAGUCACUGGGGCCUUGGACAAGUUGUUACUGACUACGUGCAUGGGGAUGCACCACAGAAAGCUGCCAAGGCAGGCCUUCUGGCACUCUCGGCUUUAACCUUUGCUGGCCUUUGUUAUUUCAACUACCACGAUGUGGGCAUCUGCAAAGCUGUCGCCAUGCUGUGGAAGCUCUGACCUUCCUGACUUAAUGCCUUAAGAAUCGAUUUUAUGCCUCUGCUCUGUCAUGCAUUCAACUCACCAAAAGGAGGAAGUAACAGAUUAAGGCCAUGGGUGUACAAACUUGUCCCAAUCACUUGGUUAUUUUCAGAAUUUACUCAUUGAGAGAAAGAUUUGAGAAUUGCUAGCUAAUGAGUUGCGAGACUGAGUUCUGCAUUCUGGUAAGUUGUCGCCCAGUUUCUCUUGAGACUCGCAGUGUAACUAAGCAUUGUCUGUGAGCCUUUGCCUUUUAAUUUAUCAGUCUCUUAAAGGGAACUGAGCUUUACUGCUAUCAGUACAAGAUCAGACUCUUCCAUAGUUGUCCUAGGAAUAAAGGACGAAGGGAAAAACUUAAUUCAUGAGUAAAGACUGUGGAAAACUAGUGCUGAAUAUUUGCAAAUCUCCCACUCUGUUCAAAUGAUAGCAGCUCCUGGUGGUUACAUGUCCUAGGGAAACCUCGAAAUUAGGAAAUGCUGAUAACGCACAUUACAGAUUUUUAAAUGCUACAAAGAAAAGCUUAGAAAACUUCAUCUAAAGAAGUUCCAUUUGGAAAGUGGUCCUCCUGGUAGAUGUAAUAAACACUUCAAAUUCUAAACUGAAA